UAUCACUUGAUUAUCACUUGAUUAGUACUAUUUCAGCUCCUCCCUCCAUUCUUCAUAGUAUAAUCUGUUGCUUAUCCUGUUCCCUAGAGUCUCAUUUCUGUGAAAAGCUAAGGUGGGGGUAGAACGCAUGAAAUGGAGGCUCUAAUCCAAGAACUCUUUACCACAUCAAAUGAGUUGGUCUACAAUCACCACUCUAAACCAGUGGAUCCAAGGUAUAUAAGUGGGCAAAGAUUCUUCAGUCUUAGUAGUAGUAGUAGUUUCUUGGUAAAUAACAGCCUUGUCCAGAACGAAUCUGCUACAAAAGAGGAAGAGGAGGAUGGUGAAGGUGACUCCUCAGCUGCCACUCUAAAGUACAUAAGGCAGAUGCUAAUGGAGGACAGGGGCGGAGCCAGGACACUGGGCCGGACUGGGCCGAUACAAAGAAUAUUUUUGGAAAAAAAAUUACACAGAAUUUUUUACACUAAAAAUAUAAAGAUUUUUAAAAUUUGGGCUGGGCCAGGGCCAGGGGUGGCCACCCCCUAGCUCCGCCCCUGAUGGAGGAAGAAGACUUGGAGAACCAGCCUUGCAUGUUCAGGGACUGCAUGGCUCUCCAAGCCACUGAGAAACAUUUAUCUGAUGUUCUUAACGGUACAGACAGCCCGCCUGGCGUAUUUUCAUGGAGUGAUCAUCUGAGUAACUCUUUGUCGAGUGACUCGAGCCCAUUUGAGUGCCAAAACAGCCUGCAAUCUCUGGCAAGCAGAGGAGUGGAGGAGACUGAUAGAGACCAUUCACCUUCAAACGGAAAACGGAACCAUGAGUAUUCAUCGCCCGAAACUGAUUCUGCAGAAAACCAGAGGAACAACAAGCAACUGGCAGCAGGUUAUUUGGAAGAACCUGAGCUGUUAGACGAUACGUACUACGACGCCCUUUUCUGCCCCUCCAAGAAAGUAGACAAUUCUGAAUUCAAGGCAGGAGGUAGAAACCGGCGUGGGAAAAAGAAAGCAGAAACCAAAAAGGAAUUUGUGGAUCUCAGAGGCUUGCUCACCCAAUGUGCACAGUCCAUGGCCAAUUAUGAAAUCAGGGCAGCUAAUGAGACUCUUAAGAGGAUAAGGCUGCACUCUUCUAGCCACGGCAAUGAAACUGAGAGGAUGGCCUUUUACCUUGCUAAUGCGCUCGAGGCAAGAUCAAAUGGAACGGGGACAUCAUUGUACGCAUCUAACCAUCCCAACAAUAUCUCUGCUGCAGAUAUUGUGAAAGCUUACCAGAUGUAUAUCAACGCAAUCCCCUUCAAGGUAGUAUCAGGUAUGAUUGCAAACAAACACAUUAGGAAGCUUACAGCAGGAGGAGCUACCAGUCUGCAUAUCAUAGAUUUUGGUAUUCUGUAUGGUUUUCAUUGGCCAUGUCUCAUCCAAGGCCUCUCAAUGAGGCCCGGUGGGCCUCCAACGCUUCGAAUUACUGGGAUAGAUUUUCCUCAGCCCGGGUUCCGUCCUGAAGAGCGGGUCAAUGCCACGGGUGUUCGACUGGAAAAGUACUGCAAGAGAUUCAACGUUCCAUUUGAGUUCAAAGCCAUAGCAAGGAAAUGGGAGAGUAUAACACUCGAAGACCUCAAGAUCAACAGGGACUGUGAUGUGCUGGUCGUCAACUGUUCAGACAGGCUAGGGAACGUGCUGGAUGAGACGGUGGUGCCGAACAGCCCCAGGGAUAUGGUACUCAAUCUGAUCAAGAACAUCAAUCCAGAUAUGUUCAUCCACGGAGUUGUGAAUGGGACCUACAACGCCCCGUUCUUCGACUCGCGCUUUCGGGAGGCACUCUUUCACUUCUCCUCACUGUUUGAUAUGUUUGAGGUUACUGUGCCAAGUGAAGACAAAGACAGGUUACUCUUUGAGGAAAUGGUGCUUGGCACAGAAUUGCUGAAUGUGAUAGCUUGUGAAGGAACACAAAGAGUAGAGAGGCCCGAGACAUACAAGCAAUGGCAAACACGAAGCCUUAGGGCUGGAUUCCAGCAACUGCCACUUGAUCAAGAGAUUGUCAAAUUUGUAAAGGAGAAAGUGAAAUUGGAUUACAACAAGAACUUCUCCGUGGAAGAAGAUGGGAACUGGUUGUUACAAGGAUGGAAAGGAAGGGUACACCAUGCUGUCUCCUGUUGGAAGCCUAAUAACAACUAGUAGAUUUUUUUUUUGUUUUAAACCGCAUUAGCAAUGUCCAUUAUUCUUAGUAAUAUAGAAUAAAGCUUUAUCAUUCCAUUAAGUUGGUAAUAUGAAAAUUCCUGUUUAAUUAACUUAUCAUAAGAUGGUCAUAUAGUCGAAGCCUCAAAAGUAUAACACUUGGAAUUUAGAACGCCCAAGUACUCAAGAAUGCCGAAUUAGACAGUACGAAAUAUUAUAAUGUAGUUUUUACAUGGCCAGAGAGUGGCAAACCUUCUUUAAUAUAGAUCAGAAUAGGGUUUCCAAAAUGCAUAUUCACCCAGCAAAGAGAAUUUGUUUCCUGAAACUGUACAGGCCGCAAGACUGCCUACAUCCGACCCCCCC